AUGGGCGCGGCGUUCAUCAUUUGUGUGAACAGUAUCAUUAAGAGUGUUCUUAGUCUCUUGUUUCCAUCGAUUCUGGCAAAGAUGAGUGCGACCGGUGGCAACGCAGUCGUGAAGAACCGGUCCUUACUUUCGGUGUCGCCAUCCACCGACAUGCCCGCUAUCAAGUUGGAACAUGGCUGCCCUCAGCGGUAUAUUUUGAUCAGGCCGGCGAAGUUGGAGCCAUUGUAUAAGCUGGAGGGUUAUUAA